CUUCUGCGUCUUUAAAAUACGGCGUGGUGAAGAUGGAAAGCUGCCUUAAGGAGGCUCCCUCUUCGUUUCUUUCACGUCUGCUCUCCCUGCUGUUAACGUGAUCGCCGUAUUCUCCGCGGUGGUUACGGUGAUCGAUUUGGCUGGGUUAGCCGACUUCCGCCCGCGUCCAAGAUGGCGAUUAAGCGGCCUUCAUAACCUUUACGGGGCUGGGCAGUGUUGACGCCGGAGCUGGCAGGGGGUGGAGCGGUUAGUAAACAGCAAAUGCGGGAACUGCUGGGCUGGCGUCAGCCAUGGACUGGAAAGAAAUUCUUCGCCGGCGGAUAGCGACACCCAACACCGGUCCAAACAGAAAAAAAAGUGAACAAGAAUUAAAAGAUGAAGAAAUGGAUUUAUUUACCAAGUAUUACUCAGAAUGGAAAGGAGGUAGAAAAAACACAAAUGAAUUCUAUAAGACCAUUCCCCGGUUUUAUUAUAGGCUGCCAGCUGAAGAUGAGGUCUUACUACAGAAAUUAAGAGAAGAAUCCAGAGCCGUCUUUCUGCAAAGGAAGAGCAGGGAACUGUUAGAUAAUGAAGAAUUACAGAACUUAUGGUUUUUGCUGGACAAGCACCAGACACCACCCAUGAUUGGAGAGGAAGCAAUGAUUAAUUAUGAAAAUUUUUUAAAGGUUGGUGAAAAAGCUGGACCAAAGUGCAAGCAAUUUUUCGCAGCAAAAGUCUUUGCUAAACUCCUUCAUACAGAUUCUUAUGGAAGAAUUUCCAUCAUGCAGUUCUUUAAUUAUGUCAUGAGAAAAGUUUGGCUUCAUCAAACAAGAAUAGGCCUCAGUUUAUAUGAUGUUGCUGGACAAGGGUAUCUUCGGGAAUCUGAUUUAGAAAACUACAUAUUGGAACUUAUCCCUACUUUGCCACAAUUAGAUGGGCUGGAAAAAUCUUUUUACUCCUUUUAUGUUUGUACAGCAGUUAGGAAGUUCUUCUUCUUUUUAGACCCUCUAAGAACAGGGAAGAUAAAAAUUCAAGAUAUUUUAGCAUGCAGCUUCCUAGAUGAUUUAUUGGAGUUAAGGGAUGAGGAACUGUCCAAGGAGAGUCAAGAAACAAAUUGGUUUUCUGCUCCUUCUGCCCUACGAGUGUAUGGCCAAUAUUUGAAUCUUGAUAAGGAUCACAAUGGCAUGCUCAGUAAAGAAGAACUCUCCCGCUAUGGAACAGCAACCAUGACCAAUGUCUUCUUAGACCGUGUUUUCCAGGAGUGUCUCACUUAUGAUGGAGAAAUGGACUAUAAGACCUACCUGGAUUUUGUUCUUGCAUUAGAAAACCGAAAAGAACCUGCAGCUCUGCAAUAUAUUUUCAAAUUGCUUGACAUUGAGAACAAAGGAUAUCUGAAUGUCUUUUCCCUUAAUUAUUUCUUUAGGGCCAUACAAGAACUAAUGAAAAUCCAUGGACAGGAUCCUGUUUCAUUUCAGGAUGUCAAGGAUGAAAUCUUUGACAUGGUAAAACCAAAGGAUCCUUUGAAAAUCUCUCUUCAGGAUUUAAUCAGCAGUAAUCAAGGAGACACAGUCACCACCAUUCUAAUUGAUCUGAAUGGCUUCUGGACUUACGAGAAUAGAGAAGCCCUUGUUGCAAAUGAUAAUGAAAACUCUGCGGACCUUGAUGAUACAUGAUCUCUCAAAGACUAGACUGUAUUCAUUAAAAUAAGCUUGAAUGCUGCGUGUAAAACCUUUGAAGCAGAAUCCUUAGAAAUGGUCUAAAUAAAAUACUUCAUAUGUCUAUAGAACACA